AGCACCUGCAUAUCAGUGUAACAUAUAUCGGCACUGGUUCAUGGUUAUCGUGGUUAUUCAAUCCUUACGUUAGUUUGUGAAAGAUGCACGAAUGACUCUCAGGUAAGUCAGGUUACCCUGUAGGACGUAGAAAUACCUUGCGGCAACUCACCUGCCAGCCGUACGAAGCAGUACCCUCUGUAAUACCUCACAAAAUCAAACACAGUAACUAAGUAACGCACAAAACUACGAAAUACACAUGACUAUAUCCCGUGUAACUUCUAUGGACAUGGGAAUAAAAAGCUUAAAUAUCAACACGUAAAAUCCUAGUACGCUAUCCUUUCCCCGCUCAACGCAUGGCAGUUUCCGCUCACAAGUGGGAGAGGGAGCAGUGUGCUAUCGAUCUCCUGCGGCGGCAGCGGGCAUCUGAUCUUGGAAGAAAACCUAGAUUCAAUCGACACAAUGGCUGGGGCGAUCAUCGAGAACCUCAGCGGCAGGAAACUGGGCAUCCUCAUCGUGUUCCUGAUGUUGUGUCAAGUGGUCUGCUUCCUGGUCGGGGCAUUGAUCGCUCCGGCGCCCUCCUCGGCCAUGUCUGUGCUGGGAACCAAAUGCAUCGACAAGAAGUACAGCAAGGACAAAUGGUAUUAUCCCCGUGGAGAAAAGCGCUGUCGGUCUAUCUCCACCCUGGAUGAGCCUCUGGUGGAACAAGACAACAUUGAGGCCAAUGACAUCAUCUUCGCCUUCCAGAUCCCAUCGCCAAAGGACAACUUUGCUCUUGACUACUCUCGGUGGCAGCAAAACCUCCUGUCUGUAAUGCAUUUGGACAUUUACUUUGAUGAUAAUGCCAAAUUUGACCCCAACGCAGUGGUGACCCUUGAGGCACGCCUUGGCUACCGCAACAAGGGUGACCCAGACACCAAGUGGACAGAGUAUGCAUCUUCUGUGGAAGAGAGAAGCCUUGAUUGCUACAUUGAACCCCGCCACAUGAAGUCCGAGUACAUUUAUAACUGUUCUUCUGUGCCCAUGUUUGAGCUGGGGUCACUUCACCACGAUUUCUACCUCCUCAACAUUCGCCUCCCUGUGAACACUGCAAAAGAGUCUUGGGGAGAGAACACCAAUGCUAACUUGGGCCGCCUAACAGACAUGUGGGUGGUGUUCAUCCACCAAAAUGGAGGUUUCACCAAGGUGUGGGUGUCCCUCAAGACCAUCUUCUUCCCCACUAUGGUGGCCAUCAUGGUGUGGUUCUGGCGGCGCAUCUCCCUGCUGACUCGCCCCCCAGCCCUGCUGGAGUACAUGCUGAUGGUGCUUGGUGCUGCCCUCACCUUCCUCAACUGCCCCUUGGAGUACCUGACACUGGUGUACGACUGUCCGUGGAUGACAGUGGUCAGUGAUAUCCGGCAGGGUCUCUUCUAUGCCUCACUGCUCUCCUUCUGGCUCAUCUUUACUGGAGAGCAUCUCAUGGAUGACAUAGAGAGGAACCGUAUCCGAGUGUACUGGCGCCAUUUGAGUGCUGUGCUGGGUGGCUGCCUCUGCCUCUUUAUUUUUGACAUGUGUGAACGAGGUGUUCAGCUACGCAACCCCUUCUACUCCAUCUGGGUGACCCCCAUCGGCACCAACCUGGCCCUUGCCUUCAUCAUGCUGGCAGGAAUCUGUGCCGGCCUGUACUUCUGCUUCCUCUCCUACAUGAUCUGGAAGGUUUUCAUCAACAUCAGCAGCAAGCGUCAGUCCCUCCCUGCCAUGUCCACAGCCCGCAGACUCCACUACGAGGGCAUCAUCUAUCGCUUCAAGGUCCUCAUGCUGGCCACCCUUCUCUGUGCUGCCAUGACUGUCAUUGGCUUCAUUCUGGGCCAGGUGUCAGAGGGACAGUGGUCAUGGGAUGAUAACAUCAAGCUGGAGUACACAAGCGCAUUCUUCACGGGUGUGUAUGGGAUGUGGAACAUCUACACCUUUGCUCUGAUUUGCCUCUAUGCACCAUCCCACAAGCGCUGGCCCAAGGACCAAGACUGGGCAGUGUCAGACAACUGUGGUCUAGCUUCCAUACACGGAGCACUCUUGGCACGAGACACACAGAGCAGCACAGGAGAGGAGAUCGAGUUCAGCCGACUGGCCACUGAACCCUCCGAAAUGUCCUCCAUAACUGCUUUUGCCAAAAAGACUGCAGCAGACUAAGAGGAGUCUCAGCAGGCUGUACUAUUGGGAAGGGUGGCAGCUGGAGACUGAAUUAAGAAGCUUUUUGCAUGAGUUAUUGAUGGUAAUUUGUAGGCAUGCAGAGGUAGCCAUGUUUUUAUAAAGAAUUUUGUAUGUGAUUUAUUUACUACUUACUACAUAUUUUAGCUUUUAAGCUUUGUGACCAGAGAAGUGAAGGAGAAAAAUCCACAAAAAAAACAGAUGAUUUUUUUACAUAUUACUUUUAUAAUGCCUGGAUAUGAUUGGGAGAUUGCUUAACAUAGUUCCUUGUGAAGCUUCUGUGAAAACCUGCCGAAUAAAAUAAAAUUUUUGUGAGAAAUGGAAUUAUACUAAGGAAACAUGUAGAAAAUACUAAUUUUUGAUAUACAUUAAUAUCUUUGCAUACAUACUUGAGCUUCAGAUGAUCAUAUUAUUUUUAUCCAUGAGUGACAGAAAUGAGCCUGCAGGGGGAAGUCACAGUCCUGGGAGGGGAGGGUUGCAGCACACUGGGGGUGGGGGGCAGGGUUGUGUGGGGACACCAGUGUGACUCUUCAUGGCAAUCCUCUUACUGGAAAAUUAGACAACAUUAGAUCUAGGCAUGCAGUAUUAGUAUUAUAUGAUAAGAAAUACUAAUCACAGCGCUUUGUGAAGAACCUACAGUAGUUAUUGAUUUGCUUUCUCAUAGUGUAGAGCAUCAAUUAACAUUACAUGCAUACUAUAAUAGCCAAACCCUGUAUUGCUGUUGCGUAGCACAGGUUGUGAUGGGCAACAGACACCAGCUGGGAAUAUACUAAGUGUUGAUAGAACACACAAAACAGAUAUCUUCAGAUCAAAAUAAAGGGAAAGAAGUGAAAUGAUCUUGAGUAAACAUGUCCAGGAUGUACAGUAACUUAUAUGGAUUACUUCUAAGUUAAGUAAAAUGUGUGACCUGUAAGUUAUGUGGAUUAUUUAAGUGCUGGUGGGAUUUGUUGAUUUUUAAGUCAGUAGAGAUGUGAAGACUCUGUGGAAAACAUGUCAGUGCUUUGGGUCACAAGGGUUAUGUGUUUCUAGAAUGUCAAUUGGUCCCAACACAGAACAAGAGAGGAAGACUGUAUAAACUAUAAGAAUUAUGUCUAUACUUCCAUUAUUGUUGGGAUGAAGAAAUCAGAAAUGGAGGAGAGAGAGAGUAAUUAAUUUUGAUUAAGGAGGUAAGGCAUUCAGUUGUAUAAGCUGUAAUAAGGGCAUUUUGAAUAGAGCAAGGCUAAUGAUGUAAGAUUUAAUAAUGAUGAGUGGAGUGCAUCUGAAAAAAAUAACUGAAAUUUUACAGUAGCUUAUGAAUUUGAAGUGAAAAUGGGCACGAGGUAAUUGGUGUAGAGUGAUAGAUAAUUGAUAAGCACAAAUGAUUUUUGGGUAUUAAUGUGAGUUAUGAUAGUUCUCUUAUUUGAAGUUUUUAUGAUAGUAAGAGGAAUGAAAUUAUUAAUCGCAUGUGGAGUAUAGUUGUACAGAGGAAGGUUACAAAUGUAAUGAUAUGGGAAGUUAUAAAAGGAAGGCUAAUGAGUUAUGAUAGUGGAAUGGAGACACUGAUCACAUGAAGAGGGAGGUUGUAAAAGAGGAAAAUGAGCGAGUUGUAAUGGUAAGUGGAAUGCAGUCACUCCCAGCACCUCCAUGAUGAGCCAAUGUGACAUAACAUGUACAGUGGACGACUGACUGCCCAGCAUGAGGCAGAGCAGCUGGUAUUUGGGGCCACCAACCAAUAGUAUAAACACCAAUCAUCUUGUGUUACUUGUUCUCUCUCUCUCUCUCUCUCUCUCUCUCUCUCUCUCUCUCUCUCUCUCUCUCUCUCUCUCUCUCUCUCUCUCUCUCUCUCUCUCUCUCUCUC